GCAAUACCGCUUUUGUUUACCUGAGAUUUGUGACUUUUUCGUGGACUUUUUUAAAUAUAAUUUUCCAUUUUAAGUGGAAGUGGUGUAGGUGUUGAACAUCAUUUUUUAUGAAAUGUGGUAAACUUAACUCUAAAAUAUCCCAAUAUAAUUAUGUAACGUGACAGAUACAAAACUUAGUUGUUUUUGUUGUGUAUUUUGUUGGAAUAUGAACUUUGAAUCUCUUCAACUCUUAGCUUUUUAUGGUUAUAUCCUAAAGUCCUAAAUCGUUGUUGAUUCAAGAAGUUAGUGCUUUCGUUAUUUUCAAACGCACUAAAAUGCCUUGAGAUCAUAGUUUGUGAAUAUGGCAAAGUCUGUCCAGCAUGAUAACAAGGGUUUGCAGAACGCUCAAAUAAUUUUAACAAGCUUGGCUGCUGGUGCAAUUGCAGGAGCCCUCGCCAAAACUACAAUCGCACCUCUGGACAGAACGAAAAUCAACUUUCAAGUUGGACAUAAACCUUAUUCUACGAAAAAGGCCUUGAAAUUCCUAAUCCAAACGUUCAGAAAAGAAGGACUAAUUGCAUUAUGGCGAGGAAACAGCGCAACGAUGGCUCGAAUUGUUCCUCAUGCUGCGAUACAAUUCACAGCACACGAACAAUGGAAAAAAAUUCUCAAAGUGGAUGAGAAAGAAGGGAAAACUCCUGGGAAGUUAUUUUUAGCAGGUUCUCUUGCUGGUGCUACCUCACAAUCUCUCACAUAUCCACUUGAUUUAGCGAGGGCUCGAAUGGCAGUGACUCCAAAAGAGGAAUAUGCAACUUUACGUCAGGUCUUUUGGAAGAUAUACUGCUUUGAAGGGGUGAAAACCUUCUACAGAGGAUAUGUACCAACAAUGGCAGGUGUGAUACCAUAUGCCGGAGUGUCAUUUUUUACGUAUGAUACGCUGAAAAGACUUUAUAAAGAACACUUUGUUUCUGGUGAGAGUCCACACCCUCUGGCAUCUUUAGGAUUUGGUGCAAUAGCUGGAAUGUUGGGACAGUCCAGUAGUUAUCCGUUGGACAUAGUAAGAAGGAGAAUGCAAACCGACACUGGUGGAAAAUACUCUACUAUUGUCAGCACUCUCAAAUGUAUUUACAGAAAUGAAGGUCUGAGAAGAGGUUUAUAUAAAGGACUUUCUAUGAAUUGGAUAAAAGGGCCUAUAGCCGUGGGUAUCAGCUACGCUACUUAUGAUAAUGUUAAAGAUUUGUUACGUAGUAUUAUGAUAAAGUACAGGAGGAAAAGUUUAUAUCUUGAAUGAACCAGUGAUUUUAAUAGAUUUGUUAUUUUUUAGAUAUAAUAAACAUAAGAUAGUAGACAUAUUAUUGUGAGGACCGGACAAUACUCCUAGUCAAUUUUUACGAGUCUUGUGAAUUUAUCAAUGCAGCCUGAAAAUUUUCGAACAAUUUACUGUAGGAUGUUUCAUUUUAUAACUGUUAUUACUAUUGGGUUGUUGAAAGUGUCUUGUUGUCAAUUUACAUUCAUUUUGCCAUUAAAAGUUAAAGGAAAUA